AUGAAGAGAAUAAAUGAAAAAGGAAUUGGUGAUAUCAUUAAUGUCAGCGAUGUAAUGAUGAAAAGAAAUUUUGACUCAUUAUUUACAAAACCGAAAACAGAAUAUAGUCUUUAUGACGUAAUUACCGAAUUAAUGAAAAAGAUUAAUGAUAAUAAGAGUUCUGGCGGAAGAGUUGAAUUAGAAGUGAAUGAUGUUAAUGAGAAAUUAGCCGAAAAAGCAGACAAAAAUGAGCUUUUAGCUCUGAGUGAUAAAGUCAAGAACCACGUUCAUUAUAUAACUUCAGACGAACAGAUUAUAACGGACUACCAUGGAUAUUUAACACGAAGUGAUGAAGCGAAGACAAAAAAUGUUAAUGAAAGAAGAUAUAAAUACAUUCGUGCUAAAGGUUAUGACAUAAGCUGUACUGUACAGUAUGAUGUAGCUAAAGCACCAGAAGCAUUUGGUUAUACCGGUGAAAUUUAUGCCUCUACUUUCAAUGUUAACGGUGUAUUAGUUGAACCAAGAUUUACUUUGAGAGUUAAGUCAAUAAUAACGUUUGAAGAUGCUAUUAAAAGUAAAGCUGACAAAGUUGAACUCGAAGCAAUGAACAAAGUUUUGAAAUCUCAUAAACACAACAUCUCCGAUAUAAAUGAACUUCAAGCUACAUUAAAUAGUAAAGCUGACAAGAACCAUACACAUGAAUCCUUCACUACUGUUAGAGCAGACGACAUAAUAUUGAACUAUACCCUUGGUUCAAGUGCACCUUUAGAGAAUCCAAGUACAAGCGUAAAAGAUACACUAAACUCCUUAAAUAGUAAAUGUAUGAAUAUCGAAGGUCAUGUCAGAAACUUUGAAACACAUGAACUACCAGCAAUGUUAGACAGUAAAGCUGACAAAGAACAUACACAUAAAUCCUUCACUACUGUUAGAGCAGACGACAUAAUAUUGAACUAUGAUUUGGGUUCAAGUGCACCUUUAGAGAAUCCGAGUACAAGCGUAAAAGAUACUCUUAACAAUUUAGAUAACAGUUGCAGGAAUAUCGAAGGUCAUGCCAGAAACUUUGAAGCAUAUGAACUACCAGCAAUGUUAGAUAAGAAAGCAGACAAAACAGAGCUUCAAACAUUAAAGACUGAAAUACUUCAAACAUUAUAUCCUAUAGGCUCUAUUUAUACGUCAAUGAACUCAACAAAUCCAGCAACAGUUCUGGGUUUUGGUACGUGGCAGCAGAUUGUAGACAAAUUCUUAUACUGUGCUAACUCUUCAAAGCAAACAGAAGGCUCAAAGAAAAUUAAAGAAGCAAACUUACAUGCGCACACUCAUACAGGAACUACAAACACAACAGGUAGUCAUUCACAUUCAAUAACAAAAAGAGGUUAUACAAAUCUUGCAGCAGGUUCGGAUAGACAGGGAAUGAAUAGAUAUGAUAUUUCAAGUGACCCAGUAGAUUCAAGCGCAGGUAUUUUCUGUGGAACCACAGGAAAUCAUUCACACACUUUCACAACAAAUCCAACAGGCUCGGGUGCAGAUUAUAUGCCACCAUUUAUGACUAUAUUCGCAUGGUAUAGAGUUCAAUGA